GGCUGAACAGCCCUGUGAACGCAAAAGCAAAUUCGUACUGCGCCCAAUGCCAAGUCAAUAGCAUAUCACUAGUUACAUGCAACGUUUUAAUUAGAUAGCCAACAGGCAGUCAGGGGAAAGAAGUCAACAGAUCGGUGGGUAAAUAACCCGACUUUCCCGCCAUGUUUCUGACUCAAGUCUUCCUUAUUCCCGCUCACUCUUUUUCGUCGUCUUGACUGUCAUUCAUUCUUACUAGCCUCUAUGCUGUCUCCCAACGUUUUACGUACCCUGGCACUUCUUGUUACUGCUGUAAAUGGAGGCCCCUGCCGCCCAACAACAACUUCAGCUGGAACCACCGUCGAGGUCACCUCGACUGCAACUGUCAUGGGUAGCACCACCGAUCUGACAUCCACUAUUAUCGAGAGUGCCAUGGAGACUGAGACAACCGGUAUUCCCACCCUUGCCACGCCUAUCAUUGGAGAGUCUACUACUACCGACGCGACGAGCACCACGACCAGCGCCGCAAUUGGGGACACGCCAUGCUCUGAUGAUGACGGCUGUCUUGUCAACCCUCAAUUGUGUGUGGUUAACAGACUGAAUGUCUGCUCUUGCGUGGACGCCAUUUGCCAAAAGCAAAUCUUCAUAUCUGCGGUCUGAGCCCGACUUCUGAGCCCUUUGCGAUUGUUACCAAGCCGAUUGUAUCUGCCCACCAUAGAUUCCAGACACAUCCAACCUCACGUUGACUGGGAAAACAAUAUACGAGUAUUGAACUUGGUUUGGGUCAGGCACUGCAACGGGUAUCACAUCACGAAGGAGAAGACUUGGCAUACUCUUUGUUUAGUUCCAUUUGAACGAAGUUGGAUCAUAUAUUUCUAUAAUUCUUUUAAUCCAUAGUGCAUCAGAGGUAGCUCUGAUUUUAGUUUCAAGAGAGUAUUAAAUAAAAAGAAUGAUGGGUUAGUUCACGUUGUUGUGUUCUGUGGUGGUGAACAAACAGCUGGUACAAGCGAACACUUCAGCAUGGGCGCUAGAGAGAACUAUUGAAUUUUGAGCC